UUUAUAAUAAAAUUAGAGUUAAAAAAGAAAUCCUCUGUAAAUUGUAAAUUUUUCAAGUUCCGUCACUAAAUUUUUGGAGCAGUCACAUUUUCCUUUAAUAAAUUACGUAAAUCAUUUUCUAAUUAGCGUUAACAGUCUGUUUUGCCCAGACUUAUAUAAAAUUAUAUAAAAAUAUUUUGGACAUUUUCAGCAAAAUGUAUCAAAAACUUUUUUUAUAUGCUCUCAAAAACGGUUUGAUAAAGUAAAAGAUUUAUAAGAAAUUACAUAUAUUAUUUAUGUUUUUAUUUGAAAUAACAUUUAUACUGUUUUCUUGAGACAUCUCAAGAAUGUUUUAUUUAUAGCAUAUUCUUUCUGUGUAGUGUCCAUUAACGGUAUUAAAUUAUCAGCGCUGUUACUAAGAAACAAAGGUCACAAAGAAGUCAUUAAAGCCAUUAACGAUAAACGCUUGAUCAAAUUCAAACAUUAUCGGACGCAAUCACUUUAUGACACAAGAAAAGAAAAAUAACACCAUCUUCAAAUAACUGUAUCGAGAGACAAGCAAUACAAGUGGAAAGUCAGAUGGUAUUCAUAUGGAUUUACGUAAGUGUAUGACACAUCACACGCACACAUGUGUACAUAUAGGUAUAUAGCCACCACGGUCGAUCUUGCAGCUACGUGCAGCUCGGAGAAGCGUGCUGUGUAGAAGAGAACGUGAAUGCGUGUCAGCUUUUGCAACCGCGAAGCGAGGUUUUUGUGAUUCAAGGUGAUAAUAACAGAGUGCGUUAUCGGACCGCGAGUACAACCGACUGCCACACGUUUCGGAUUGCAAAUCACGGUUUCGCUCGACGUCGGACGUGCACGCGCAUCUCGCGUCUCCGUCUGUACCGCGCGCAUCAGAAAGGACGCGACGAAGACACCACACUAGUACAGCGACCUACUCCAGCGAUCGCAGUGCCGUAUUGUACACAGUGGGUUUUAGUGUUAAUACAGCGGAACGACGUUUCACGUUGUGCGUAAGCAGAGAGUCUGCGAUCAGAGAAGUUACUUCUGGAAUCGCCACGCGAAACGUGUAAUUGGGCCAAAUGGAUCGAGCGAGAGGACGGGACUCGAUGGGUAAUUGUCGUUCCAGAAAGCUGGGCGUUUGCGUGAGCGUGGUCAUACUCGGGACUUUCAUCGCUUGCACGAUGUUAGCGUACACUGCGUUCGCAUCUCCGGUUGCUGAACAUGACACGUUACAGCAGGUGGUUUUUCUGUUUCGCCAUGGCGACCGAACUCCUACAGAGACCUAUCCUAAGGACCCUUACAUAAAUUACAAUUGGCCCGGUGGCUGGGGCUCCUUGACCAAGAAAGGUAUGCUUCAACUGUAUAACGUGGGUCAAUGGAUACGUUUAAAAUACGGCGCUAUAAUUGGUGAUAAAUUCGAGAGCGCGGCCACGAUCGUGCGUAGCAGUUACGCGGAUCGGUGCAUUAUGUCGGCGCAGGCAUUGCUCGCCAGGUUGUUCCUGCCGCAUUCCAAGGAUAUGUUCGUGCCCGGUUUGGCAUGGAUCCCCGUUCCUGUGCACUCAAUACCACGAGAAUUGGACAAGCUGAUAGUGGUGAAGGCACCGUGCCCAAGGCUAGACGAAGCUCUAAAACAGGCGUACAUAGAAGAGGACAAAAGGUCGGGUGCAGAAAUGGCCGAUUAUUAUAAGGAAUUGACGGAGCAUACCGGACAGAAUAUUAGCACGAUCACCGACGUCGAGUUCCUUUACAACACCCUCGAGAUCGAAGAGCAGCACGGCUUACAGCUUCCGGAGUGGACGCGGAAAUUUUACAACAAUGAGAUGCGCGAGAUAUCCGCUCGUAGCUUGGCGAUCUUCACCGACGGCACUAUUCAAAAACGUCUCCGCGGAGGUCCGCUGUUGAAGGAGAUUUUACUUCAUAUGGAAGAAAAUAGAAGCGGUCCUAAGCCGAAACGAUCUUAUUUUUAUUCCGCUCACGACAUAACACUCGUGAACGUGAUGAGGACAAUGGGAUUUACGAAUGAGCUUUUUAAACCCGAUUACGGGGCGACGCUCAUAUUGGAGCUACAUCUCGCCAAUAAUGGAGCUGACCAAGAAGUGAAGGCGUUGUAUUUGAAUAACACGGAAACGGAAAACGCGCAUCCUUUGGCAAUUCCUAACUGCGCGAGUCCUUGUCUAUUACAAAACCUGAAGCAAGUAUGGCACGAAGUGAUUCCGAAUGAUUGGGACACCGAAUGUAAAUUAAAUUAUAUAGAAAAUCGCUGAGUUUUACGUAAUAAUUUAGAAUAAUUGUAUUUAAUUAAAGUUAAUUUAUUCGUUCACGUUUUGACUGAACAAACUGGUGUGAAACUAUUAUCUACUAAGUAUGCAAAACAAAAUAAGAAAUGCAAAAUAUUAAUAUACAUGUAAAUAACCUGACGUUAUUUAAUAACAGUUUUUUAAUACAGUUAUUUAAUAUUCUCAUGUAAUUAUCAAUAGGUAUUAGUAAUUAACGAUUCAAUCAAUAGGUAUUAGUAAUUAACGAAAAUUGUAGGCUUAUGUAUUUAUAUAUAAUAUUAGCGUGAUAAGCAUUAAAAUGAUAUAUGAAUAAGAUAGAAAGCAUUUUUAUUUUUGCGAUUUGCUGUAAACCAAAAUCGCGUUUAAAAAUAAUGUUAUAAAAUGUAAUGACUUAUACGUUCGAAGUGGAAAUUUUUAUUUCUUGAGUUACGUCGUUGUAGUAUACAAGCGAAUUACAUGAAAAAUCAUAUUCUACUUACCAACGUUGAUUCAUAUUGCCAUUGUUCAAAUACGUAUUUCGUUGUUCACUUGUAUUUAGAGAGGCGCGCAUGCACGAAGAAUCCAUCGAUGAGUGAAGUGUCCGCGUUGUACAAAAAUUCUGUAAAAAUAAAAUUUACAUUUUUAUGAAACAGA